CCCUGCUGAUAGCUGUCAGCACUGCCGUGGAUAAGAUUAUUGCCCACUUCAGCACUGCACGGAACCUGGUACAGAAGGCCCAGCUGGGAGACAGCUGGCUCAGCCCAGAUGUGGGUUACCUGCUGCUGCACACCCUCUGCCCUGCGCUCUAUGCCUUGGUGGAGGAUGGGCUGAAGCCCUUCCAGAAGGAUGUCAUCACAGGCCAGAGGAAAAAUUCCCCCUGGAGCGUGGUGGAAGCCUCCGUGAAGACAGGCCCCAACACCCGUGCUCUUCACUCUCUGUGCUGGCACGUAGCUGCUCUGGCCCCUCUCAACAGCACCAGACAGAAGUUUCAUGCCUUUAUCCUUGGCCUUCUGAACAUUAAGCAGCUGGAGCUGUGGAUCUCUCACCUGCAGAAGAGCCCAGGUGUAAUCUCCAUGUUGUAUUCACCCAUGGCCUUCUUUGCCCUGAGCCAAGGCCCUCUUCGCCACCUCGCUGAUGAACUGCUGCUGCUCAUCCAACCGCUCUCAGUGCUUACUUUCCACCUUGACCUGCUCUUCGAACACCACCACCUCUCUGUGGAUGUAAGGCCCUUGUCCCGUCAGCUGGAGUCACCUUUGUCUCCUGCCCAUCACAACGCUCAGGGGGCUAUGCAGCCUUCUCUGGAGGGCCAAAGCAGUGCUGCAGGGGCAAGCCUGGAAGAUGAGAUCCCCCCUGAUACUCUGGGGAGGGCAGCUGGUGCAGAGAGCAGCACAAGGUUCCAGUCCCGGGCAGCUGUGCGUGGUCUGGUCCCUGGCCUCCAGGUGGGGGCUUCCCUGCAGCAGACGUUCCAGCACGUGCUGCGGUGGGGUGACCAGCUCAGUCACGCUUUCUUGGGAGCUGGCAGCUCCCUGGAGACCCACAGGCCUGAGGCAAGCCCUGGGGACACUGGGGCUGGCCUCAGUGGCUGGUGGGGCCAGCUGAGCCAGGCCUCCAGGAUUUACACUGCUCCUAGCAAGGAAAAGUUCCCCUUCAUCUGGUGGACGAAGCUGUGGAUGGCUGUGGGGGAUUCCAGCCCCAGCCAGGCUGUGCGACCCCACAUAUCCGUGAAUGAGCCUAGAGGCACGGAGCUGCAGCUCCUUCAGACCAAAGCUGUCCCUGAACUCUCUGGUCCAAAGCUCAACAGCAGCGCUGACACCUCUGGGACCUCUUCCCCUGAAGACCUCAUCCUGCCUGCUGGAGCACCUGCCAAGCCAGAUGAUCCCACUGCUGGAGAGAAACUCCUGCCUGCUUUCCCAGAGCCCUGUGCGAAUAGGAACCGGGCAGCCCCCUCUGUCCCAGAGGCUGGUGGUCUUUCUGGUCCUGACAAGGGCAGCUGGCUGGGCCGGCUCUUUGGAGCCACCAAUCCCUCUGCCAGGAGCUUCCCUCCCAGUCCUGACACCGUCUCGGCUAGGUCCAGGGCAGUUCGAGCACUGUGUGACCACAUAGGUGCUGCCGAAGGUCACCUGAGCUUCCAGAAGGGGGACAUCCUGCAGCUGCUCUCCACCGUGGAUGAAGACUGGAUCCACUGCUGCCAUGGCAACAGCACUGGCCUAGUUCCUGUCGGUUACACAUCCCUAAUUCUGUGA